GGCCCCAUCGGCCAAAAUGGCGGCUGCCGUUGGCGCGGUGUGCCGUUCCUAGUGCUGUUGCCUUUCUCCUUGCGUUGCAAAAUAUGAAAGGAGAAGCAGCUGGUGGAGGGGGGUCAUAGGCGAUGAGUCGGCGAAGGAAACAUGGGGACGGCCCUGGCCCGAAGGACUCGCCGCGCAAAACGGCGGCGGCUGAGGAGUGCAGCUCGGUGGUCGAGCCAGGGAGGAGGCGGCUGAGGUCGACCCGCGGCUCGUGGCUCCGUGGGGCUGGAGAAGGGCCUCCUCCGCCAAUGCGGCAGCAAGAACAGCCCCCAGCAGCUGCUUCCUGCAGUAAAAGUUACCCUGAGGAAAGGUACGAAACACCAAAGAGAGUGCUGACAAUGGAUUCGUUGUCAUGUACCUUCAGUUCUCCUAACGAUCCAGAUGGACUGAAUGAUAUCUUUUGGGAUCAGAAUUCUCCAAUGACAAAGCAGUUAGGUAAAGGAAGAAAAAACCAGAUUUACACCACAGAUAGUGAUGAGAUUUCACAUAUUGUUAAUCGCAUUGCUCCUCAGGAUGAAAAACCAACAACAAACUCCAUGCUGGGCGUGUGGAUUGGUGACACUGCUAUUCCUUGUACUCCCAGUGUAGCAAAAGGGAAAUCAAGAGCAAAAAUCAGCUGCACUAAGUUAAAAACACAAAAUCAAGAAGAAGAACUUAUGAAGUUGGCAAAGCAAUUUGAUAAAAAUAUGGAAGAACUAGAUGUGAUUCAAGAGCAGAGCAAUAGGAAUCAGGAUUUUAUCCCGAUGAUUUCAGAAACGGAGACAUUCAAUGAUUAUAAAGAUAAUGUAGAGAUGCAGUCAGUUCCCGAAACAGAUACUGUUAUAAUGAAGAAGCCAAUGAAGGAAAACACCGAGGUAUCUACAGCAGAUGAUCAAAAUAGCAGCCACAAGUCAUUUGACCAAAGUGUUGAAGCAGCCUUUAAUGCCAUUUUUGAUGGCUCCACUCAGAAGAGUUGUGGACAGUUAAGCCAAGAUCUGCCAGAUACUUUCUUGAACACCAGUACCACUACCUUUGGAAACAAAAGUACUUUGGAAGAGGCGAUCGUUACCAGUGAAACUCUGAUCCCUGUAACUCUGCAAAAUAAAACCCCAGAAUCACUUCCUUCUCGAGUAGAUACUCCCAUAAUGACAAAAUCAUGUAUGACUUCUUGUACUGAGGAGCCAGAAACUUUUAAUAAGCACGUUGAUCCGUUUGCUACCAGUGAUUUUGAGGAGGACUGGGAAAAAUUACUCAGAAAUGAACCUUUUGUAAUACAAAAUGUGGAAAUGCCUGAACUCCUACCUGUGCCUAAAACAACUCAGGGUGCUGUUCACAAGGGUGUUUAUACUUUUGACAGUAAAAAUGGUAAAAGUAAAUCAAGAACGAAUACAAAUCUAGAUGCCAGGCUAAGUGACUCAGAAAGUUUACAAGAUCUUCCUUCAAGGACAUAUAACAGAGAAUUAAUAGAUGCUGAGAAACAUAAAUUUUUGCCAGAUUCAAAUGAUAAGUCAAACCAAUUAUUAUCAUCUGGAAAUAAAAUGAAAUUUGAGAAAUCUUUCAAUAAAAUUAUUAUUCAAGACAAAAUUCAAGAUUGUGCACUUGCAUCUAAUAUAACAAAAAUAAAGGAAGAUAUUCAUACUAAAUUUAUUCCUACUAUAAAUGCUUCUGAAAAGAAGUCUGCUUUGAACACAGGAUAUUUUAAUGAACAGAAACAUAAGCCCAUUUCUAAUCACUCUUUUAAGACACCUGCUAAUGCAGAUCUUUUUGGCUCUGUACCCUCAGCCAGUAAAACCAAAUCAGGUAAUAAGCCAAAUCAGACUAAGGCACCAGAUUUAGGCUCCUUCCUGGAUGAUUGGAAUGAUCCAUCCUUUGCCAAUGAAAUUAUUAAAGCAUGUCAUCAAUUAGAGAAUACCUGGGAAACAGAUGAUGUAGAUGAUGAUUUGUUAUACCAAGCAUGUGAUGAUAUUGAAAGACUAACUCAGCAACAAGACAUUAGAAAGGAGAGCAAGAGCAAGACAUCAGAAACUGUAGUUGAGAUCAAUAAUAGUUCCAGACCUGGAGCUAAAAACAUGUUUGCUACAUCUAACCAGAGAAGUCAGUUGGUGCAAUCAAAGCAUUUGAAUCUGGGCAGCGUUACAGUGCAAACAUCUUCCUUGACAGAUCACUCACAAAUAGAUAAAUCAGUGAAGAUGGAGAAAGGGGAAACUUCUGGAAAUUCUCCAAGUAUUUUAGGUGCCACAACAAAUUUGACUAUGUACUCUAGGAGCUCAAAUGAUGAGAUUGAUAAUUUGCGUGUCUCUUGGAAUAACACUGAUGUUCCAAUAAAAGUGAAUAGUUCCAAAUUGGUUUUUGCUGGAAGUUCAAGUUUAAAUGUGAGUUCAGGUCAUAUGAGUUCAGAAAUUCCUACUACUAAUAAGAAAUUGAAUAGUCAGCAUCUAUCUUACAGGGCAGGAACAGAUGACACUCGGACUGAUCUUAACAGAACAGUUAAAUUUUCAAAGUAUACAUUCACCAAGAUGAAAAAUUCUCAGACUCAUUCUCAGUAUAAUCAAAAUUGUACAAUAGGAAGUAUGUCUGAUACCAAAAUGACACAGAGUUUAGAGGAAAGUAGAACUCCACCUGUCAACCCAUUACGUGAGGAGGUUUUUCAACAGCAAUCUUUGACAAAGAUUUCUGAAUCUUUGAAACAACCUUCAAAAGAACAAAUUUGCUGACCCCUGCUUUAGGAUAAAAAUGAAGAGCCACUUUUGCUUUAUACCUUGCGGUAGUUUGAGACUGUGUAUUUUUAGAUUGGGUUAAAGCAACGACUGAUGGGAAAAAUGGAUGACUCUGCGUAAGUCAAAUGUUCGUGGUGUGACUUUAUGUAUCUCAUUUGAAAUUAUUUUCCAGAAUAUCACCAAGCCAAUUGUGAAUGGAUUUAUAUUUUUUUCUGCUGUCAUGGGUUAUUAACCUACUUUUCCUUCCAAACUUAAGUGUAAAUUCUGUAUUUAUAUGCACAUGUGUGUAUUCUGAGUUUGUGUUUCUUAGCUUUGAGGCCAAAAUAUUAUAUAGUCAUACCAAUAUAAAGUAUGUUUUAGUAUCUGCCUGUAAGCUAAUUAGCUUAGGAAAUAGAAGAUUUAUCAGAAUAACCUGGGAAGUUUAUCCAAAAUAUGUUCUCUCUUACCUAAACUCCCCCUCCCGUUUCCAAUUAUCCCAAGAAAGGAAGGGGAGACAGAGGAUGUAUUUUGGGAAUAUUUUUCUCUUAGUUAACAAGAGAAAUAUUUUACUAACAUAAAUUCUAAACCUUUAUCUAGGUGGCAAUAUAAGUAAUAUUUCUCUGCUAACAGUAUUAUGGAUUCUUAUUUACUUUCCUGAAAGACAAUUUUACAAUAUAAACAAUAUUACCAAUAAAAGUUAGUUUGACUAUGUAUUAGGGCGAUGGUCUUAAGUUUAAAGUACCAUUUAAAUGAGAAAAUAGGUUUGUUAACUUUAAAAUUUGAUUCUUGUCAACAUUAUAUAGAUAAUCUAAUAUUUUAGUUAAAAGUGACUGAACUAUGGAAUUAAAUGCACUCUUUCAGAACUCUGAUUUAGCAAAAAAGGAUUGGAGGUGUUAUUAAAGUGGAACUUUCUUAUAUUCAUUUACUUAAUUUAAAACUUGUUAUUUACUUUCUAGUAUGUUUAUCUAAAAUACACACUAGAGUAUGCUACAUAAGAAUAUAUCAAAAUUCCUUCACAUUUUUACAUAUUAAAAAGGCAUUAAAAUUAUAGAUUGUAUUCAUGUAUUCUGCUUUUCCAGAUAAUUUUCUAACGUUUAUAUGUUUAUAUAAAAUAUGUAUUCCAAAUAAAUAUAUCCAAAUGUAAAUAUCUCUGACAGUGAGUCACAGGUGACCAAAUUUAAAAUUUGUUGAUAGGAGAGAUUGCACUCUGAAAGAUUCCCUCAAUGGCUGAAAUGAAAGCCUGGUAGCUCUAUAGAGGAAAAGGUAAAUAGCAAUAGUAAGAUAGCUUAUCUUAUACUAAAAGCGUACUGUCUGAGGUAUUGAUCUCCAAAGUACUUUGAUAUACAUUAUAUUUUGACUAUUGUUAGAUUAAAAUUUAUGUAAUAUUUAAAAUCCUACUUUGUUUACUUUGAAAAUAGAUUCAUUUGUAGAUUAUAUAAAUUGGAUGCUAGUUCCACUAGUUAUUUGGUGAGUAAUCAAAAUAAACAGAUUUUAAUCAAAUGAGUUUUAUCACAGUGUGAAAGAGAACAUCAGAUAGGGACAGAUCAAUCAGUACUUUAUUUUCCUUUGACCUGGAGCACUAUAUCUGUAUGUUCUUGGAGUCAUAUAUCUGGUAGUGUGAUUUAAUAGCCAAACCAGUGUGGCAAAUCUAGGUAUUAAAAAAAAAAUCAUACUCAGAUUGACUUCACAGUAUAGAAAACUAAUGUUGAUACAACUCAUGUUUGUAUGUUUUGUUUAAUUUUUAGAUGAAGAAGAGAAAAAUAGAAAAUACUCUCCUGAAGAGAUUCAGAGAAAGAGACAAGAAGCAUUAGUUCGAAGAAGGGCCAA